AUGUCAGAAACUAUUAAAUUUACACUAAGUGGAAUUCCUUUAACUUACGACCAAGAAGAAUUUGAAAAAGGAGGGAAAUUAGUUAAAAAAGAUGAAGAAGGUAAAGCAACUGAUGUCCUUAUUGAUGUUUUACAAGGGAGUUUUUUGGCGAUACCUCGUGGGGCGUUCCAUAAUAUUAUUUCUCCAACUUCUAGUGGUUCUUCACCAGUUAAAUACACAUUUAUUUCUGAUAGUGAAAUUGAUUCUAUUACCGAAAGGGAGAAUGAAUUUAAACCGCCAUCUGGCAAAACUCUAGAUGAUAUAAAAAAAGAUUUUAAAGAACGACAAAAACAAUUAAAAGAAGCAAUCCAAGCCAAAAAAACUGAAUUUCCGACAAUUAGGAAGAUGGGCAAAGUGAAUGAUGUUAGUAACUCUGAUUAUCAUCAAUAUCAAG